GCCAGAAGCCUCAGAAGACCAUAAUCAUUGGAAGGCCUGUUGACUUCCAUUUUUUGGUUAUCUGGAACAUCAUCAAUCUGGCAUGGCGCAGGGCAGUCAACAACUCGAUGUGCAGGUACUCCAUGAUCUCCGACAACGUUUCCCUGAGAUACCUGAGGGGGUGGUAUCUCAGUGCAUGCUUCAGAACAACAACAACCUAGAUGCCUGUUGUCGAGCCCUUGCACAGGAGAGCAACAAAUACUUAUAUAUGGAGUACCAUAGCCCUGAUGACACCAGAAUGAAUAGAAAUAGCCUUUUGCACAUUAAUCUGGGUAUUCAUCCUCAUACCAGCUAUCAUGCAGGGGAUGGAGCUCAACUUAAUGGUGGUCGUACACUGGUACACAGUUCAAGCGAUGGACAUAUUGAUCCACAACGCACGGCAGGUAAACAGCUGAUAUGCUUAGUUCAAGAACCACAUUCUGCUCCCGCUGUUGUGGCAGCUUCUCCUAGUUACAAUCCAUUUUUCAUGAAUGACCAGAAUAGAAAUGCAGCUACUCCUCCUCCACAGCCACCUCCACAGCCAUCUUCCAUACAACCAGGAAUGAACACGUCUGCUAUGCAAGGCCCUCCUCCCACGUAUAUGCACAUACCUCGGUACAGUACAAAUCCCAUUACUGUUACAGUAUCACAAAACCUCCCCUCUGGACAGAGUGUACCCAGAGCUCUACAAAUUCUUCCACAGAUUCCAAGCAAUCUUUAUGGGACUCCUGGCUCUAUUUAUAUAAGACAAACAUCUCAAAGUUCUUCAGGACGACAGACUCCUCAGAAUACACAGUGGCAUUCAUCGCCACAGGGCCCAGUUCCACAUUAUACUCCCCGUCCUCUACCUGUGUAUCCACAUCAACAGAACUACCAACCUUCUCAGUAUUCUCCUAAACAACCCCAGAUCCCUCAGUCAGCUUUUCGAUCACCACCGGCAUCCCAGUGUCCCUCUCCCUUUGGCUCUCCUCAACACCAAGUUCAACCUCCUCAGUUGGGUCAUCAGAGUUCACAUGUUUUCAUGCCUCCUAGUCCUUCAACUGUCCCACCCCACCCAUAUCAGCAAGCGUCCCAGACUUUUCAAAAACAAGGAGGUCACUCUGUAUCUUAUCUUCCUCCUUUUGCUGGACCUAGUUUAUCCAAAGGUUCCAUGAAUAAAAUAGAAAUUACAGUUGAGCCACCGCAAAGACCUGGGACUGCAAUGAACAGAAGUCCUUCACCAAUAAGUAAUCAACCAUCUCAACGAAACCAGCACCCGCUGUAUGCAGCAACUACUCCUCCUUCAAGCUCUCCAUCAAGAGGUAUGUCGGGUCAACCCAAACCUCCAUUUAGUGUUAAUCCAGUAUAUAUUACCUACACUCAACCAACUGGACCUACAGGUGCACCAACACAGUCUCCUCGGGUAAUGGUAUCUCAGCCAAACCCAACCAUUUUUAAAAUCACAGUAGGUCGAGCACCGACUGAGAAUCUUUUAAAUUUAGUGGACCAAGAAGAGCGUUCUGCAGCACCAGAACCUAUUCAGCCUAUUUCUGUAAUCCCAGGAUCUGGAGGAGAAAAAGGAAGCCAUAAGUAUCAGAGAAGUUCUAGUUCUGGAUCAGACGACUAUGCUUACACUCAAGCCUUGCUGUUACAUCAACGAGCAAGGAUGGAGAGAUUAGCAAAGGAACUGAAGCUUGAGAAAGAAGAACUCGAACGCCUGAAAGCUGAAGUCAAUGGUAUGGAGCAUGACCUAAUGCAGAGGCGGCUUCGAAGAGUCAGCUGUACAACUGCAAUUCCAACACCUGAGGAAAUGACCAGAUUGAGAAGCCUCAACAGACAGCUCCAGAUAAAUGUUGACUGUACACUGAAAGAAGUUGAUCUCCUUCAAUCUAGAGGGAACUUCGAUCCGAAAGCCACGUGUAACUUCUAUGAUAACAUAGAGCCUGGUCCUGUUGUGCCACCAAAGCCAUAUAAAAAGGAGCAUCAAAACAGCUCCAAACAGACUCCACGGACUCAGCCAAGAGAUGAAGACUUUGAAGGAGCUCCAUGGAAUUGUGAUAGCUGCACCUUUCUAAAUCACCCAGCACUAAAUCGGUGUGAGCAGUGUGAAAUGCCGCGAUACACCUGAAAAUCAGGAAGGGGCUGCAUUGGGUUGAAAACAGGCUCUCAAGCCGACAGCUGUAGGAGAAGGAAAUAUGGGGAACCUUUCAGUCCAUCUGCCCAGCCUUUGCCAGUUAACAAUCUUCAUAUUGCAAGGGGUGGGAGUAACGUGUUAAGAUUGUUUCUGCUUGUGCUACACUAAAAAUACAUAAAUUAAGGGUGAAAUUCUUUCUUAUCCCAUUGCAGUGAGCAAAGCAGAAAAUGAAACCUGAAAAUGUAAAAGGAUUAAUUUUGGGAAGAAUGUAUACAGGAAAGCAAAUAAUCACUGGUGUUUAGUCCUGUGGUUAUAGUUACUGCUUAGUGGCUCUAAAAAAACAAAACAAACCCAACCUUUUUUUUAAAAAAAAAGAAAUAAAAUCAUAGGACUCUUAGUAAAGGUGUGAAAUGUUACACUUAACCAGAAAAACUGAAGAGUCAGGGCUGACUUAACCUGGCCACAGCUAGCUGGAAAACAAAGGCUCCCUGUGCUUCUAGAUUGUAAGCUACUGAAAAAGACAACCGGUAAAUGCAAUGAUAAAUUUUGCAAUGUAUAAAAAACAAGGAGAAGGGUAUUUGUAAUUGCUGCUUUUUUUCAGGGUAACUUAUGUCUACAAAAAAUUGCUGUUUGAAAUAGUAACCUAAGGUGACUAAAUGAGAUACUGUAUGAGUGUUACAGAGAGUUUAAUCAGAGAUAAUUUUUUACAGUCCCUUUUGCUUGUACAGUGCUCACCUGGCUGUGUCAACACUGGUAAUAAACUAAGAAUGAAUUCUACCAUAUUACGGAUGAAAACUACUGCUGCAUGCUUUCAUUAGGCUGUCGUGUUUCAAAGCUAAAAGUAUGCUUUCAUAUACAACGAUCUUCUACACCUGUGCUCUGUAGCAGCACAGUGACACACGCCAAACACAGACUACUCCAAAUUUGGUUUGGAAGACUUGAGCUCAGCCAUGGUUGUGCAUGAGAAGAGUUUGUACCCAGUUCCUUAGGCCUUUUCAGCUCUGAAUUUGCGAAGAAUUCAUGAUGUUUACAGCACAGAAGGUACUUUGUGCCCCAGUUCAAAGUUAGCUGAAAAAUAAUUAUUCAAUUAGCUCUUCAGUCAAGGUUUAUUUGCACAUUGUUAAUAAACCAGCCUGUAUAAAACAGAUGCCAGAUCCUGAAAAAUUACACACUGCAUUCUUUUUAUUUUGGUCAGGAAAUAUUUGCCGUAGGUUGAAGAACACAAGACUUGCAACUGAAAAUCAUACUGGUACUUUUAUGCAUAUGAUAUACUGUAUUAUAAAGGUGAUGUUCAAUUUGUUUGAAUGCUUCAGGUUGCUGUAAUAAAGCACUCGAAUCUUGUGAAAUCGAACCUGGGUUUGGGCAGCUGAAUGAUUAUGUUUCACAACUGUGCGACUGAGUAGGAUGUUCUUGUGUACCGGUCAGAAGCUGGUACAGUGCAUUUGAGUUUUCAUGGUCUAACUUUGUCAAGAUUCAGAGACGCGACCGAGCACGUCAGCUGAAUUGCGGUAAUUGACUUGGCAGCUGCGAGGCAAAACGCGCUAGCUAAACCUUACCAGAAGAGAUUUAAACGACUUCAUUUGAAAUUGUUCUUAGCUCCCGGUAGUCACAUCCAUAUGGUCAAUUACCACAAUUCACUCGAUGUGUGAUAACAUGUUAAGCUGUGGUAGAACAAUCAUGUGUCUGAAUCCUUAUUUAAGAUCCGGCAGCGUUUGUAAGGGGUGGGUGGAGGAAAACUCAUCUUGACUGCAUUGCUCAAUCUGGUGUCUUCUCGCCCUGCGGUUUAUAAAGAUAACAGUAAAAAAACUGUGAUCUUAGAUGAGGAACCAAUAUUUUAUCUGGCAUUUUUCAAUAUGUUCUUGCACUAAUUAAAUCUUCAGCAUGGUUUGGAAUAAGCUAAGAGAUCUCCAGCAAUCCGUGUGCACCACUGAUGAGCAAAACAAAGGCAAAGGCAUCAGAGCUAGUUUCCCUCCCUCCCCUCCCUUGUAUUGCUAUAUGGGGAGCUCAUCACAUGUGGAAAGGGGUAAAAAAAUUAUUGUCAAAUGCAGUUAGAAGGCAAAUAUUAAUUUUGUUCAUGUAAGCGGACAGCCUGGCAAAACUGAGAUAACUAGAAAACAGAUGAGCAGAAGCGUUAGACCUGGGAUAAGCAGUACCAUUGCUGUUAUCAGCUGUAUAAUGAAUUGCUCAAAACAAUACCAGUAACUUCAUGACUUUUCUAUCGUGAUGCCCUUGCCUUUGUAUUAUUUCAAUUUUCUGUUCAUUUGUACUUCUCUUGAAGUUCUAGAAGCAUUGGGUUUUGCUGGAAUUACAAAAUGAUAGCAACCGAAAUGGCAGUCAGCAAAUGAGAGUGUGUCAUGCGUUGAUACAGUUGUGCCGUUUUCAGACAGAAUAGAUGCUACUGGGGGAAUGCAUGCAGUCCAGUAAUUCCCUGAACCGUAAUAACCGUAAGUGGAGACUUGCUAAUCUUAGUCAUAGCUUCUCCAGAGGAGGAGAAGGAAGGCUGCCGUGACAGCAAGAUACUUUUUGGAAGACUGAAUGAGUGCCGUUAAAUUGCAAAUGAAUUCCUUCGUACCGAUAAUUUUACUCCAGUUUUUCGAUUACUCUCAUUUGUUGCUUGUACAAAAAAAAA